GACCGAAGUGACCUAUCUCGCUGCUUUUGCAAUGGAAAAUCAAGAACCCUAAAAGCUCUCCCUCCCCGUAGCAGCAAUCAUGACGCCUUCCCAGACCCAUCUUCACUCUCGUCAUGCCCUAUCCGACAUGUCCAUGGUUUGGUGCCUUCACAUUCCUUCAGUCUCUCUUCAGCCUUGCGCCUGCGUUUUGAAGCGCCGGGUUUUCUCGAAUUUGAGAAUGGAGUUCGGGUUGAGUCGGGAGAAUGUGAGGUGGAAUGUGGUUAGAUCCAACAAAAGGGUCGUGCUGAGAGCGAUUGCGAAUCCAAUGAGCUCUAGCGAGCCCAAGCCUGACCAAGAAGAGGUCGUUGAAUCAGAGAAAGGAGACCCACUUGCUAAAUUCCAUGGCAUUGUCACGUCUUUGCCACCGGUUGUUUAUGUGAUGAAAAGAAAGUCUCUUGCUGGAUUUGCUUUUGGGUUAUGCAUUGUGACUGCAUUUGUGUUCAUUGCCGUGAGAGUCUUCGCAGCGAGGAAGGCAAACUAUAAUCGUUCAGGCUCUGUAGCUGAUCUUGUGAGACGUGGGCAGUUGAGAUCUGAUAGAAGAGGCAUCACCAGGCCCCUCAAAUAUGACGAUCCAUUCAACAACCCACUAGUCAAAGUUGGUAAGAGAAACUCGACCCUCGAGAUGUGUGGAAAGGUUUAUCGGUUGGCUCCAGUUACUCUUACUAAGGAGCAACAAGCAAUCCAUAAGAAGAGAAGGUCACGGGCUUAUCAGUGGAAGAGGCCCACCACGUUUCUGAAAGAAGGUGAUAUGAUACCUCCUGAUGUCGAUCCUGACACGGUAAGGUGGAUUCCUGCAAAUCAUCCUUUUGCAACCACUGCCAGCGACAUAGAUGAGGACUUGGCACAAACUAAUGUGUAUCAGAAGCAUGGCGUCCCCUUCCGCAUACAAGCUGAACAUGAGGAACUGCAAAGAAAACUGGAAGCUCUACAGAUGGAACAGAAACUGGAUAAACUGGUAAUUGAUCGGAAGAACACCCAGGAUUUUGAAAGACCCUUAAAAUUUCCAGCGUCUCCACUAGACGGUGAGCAGAAUGCCUCACAUGAUCAAUCAUCAAAUUCUUCCGAAUCAGCGCACUCAUCUUCAAGUCCUUCUAUCAGCCAACCAUCCGCUGAGGAAAUUCAAAAGCAGUAGGCUUCUCUCUAGAGCGUGCUUUCAUUUUUUUGCUGAAAGGAGCUGAGAUUUGGGAAAAGAACAGAAACGUAAGCUGGUUGUAAAUUCAAUGAUUUUGUAUCAACGUAAAUAUCCUUACAUCGAUGUGCGUUAUUGCAUCUAUUUGGAA